AUGGCAAUUUUGGCAAUUUUUCAGACAACAGACAACGGGGUUAUUUCCUAUCUUAUUGGUCAUAUGAAUAUGGAAAUUUCAAAUUUAAUUCGGUGGAAUAUUGAAGAUCAAAUCAAUCCCAAUAAAUCAGAAGUCAAUACGAUUUUAAGGGUCACGUAUUCAUCAUCAGGUACAAUGGAACAUAUUACUCCUAUAAAGGAAAUUGACUCAAUCAAGGACGAUUUCACAAUUAAAGUUCGGAUCAUACGUCUUUGGACUCAAAAGUCAAGAUUUGAUGCGAACGACACAUACUCGAUAGAAAUGAUUUUGAUGGAUGAGGAGGGAAGGAAAAUUCAUGCAUCAUGUGUGAAGAAAUGGUUUCCUAAAUUCAAGCGCUAUUUAAAAGAGGAUAGUUCAAUUUACGUCAAGAAACCUAACGUCGCACCAAAUACUUCAAAAUUUAAGUUUGCUCAUCCGGAAUCAAAACUAAAUUUUUAUCACGAUACAAUUGUAAAAGAUUGUGAAAACUUUUCUGGAUCUGCACAUGGCUUUCAUUUUGUUGACUUCAAUACUAUCGUUUCUAACAACAUCCUGGAGUCAAACUCUUUUGAUAUUAUUGGACACAUUUUUGAGUAUGGGCAUAUGGAUACCUCAGAACAAGAUAAAUCAAAACACAAGAUGCUCUUGCAUCUUCAAGAUAUAGAGGAUACUAAGCUUAAGAUAACUUUGUGGGGUCAUAAUGCAUACUACAUGCAUGAUUUUCUUGCUAACAAUAACAGCCUUGCUCCAGUUGUUGUUAUUGUUCAAUUUGCCAGGGUGAAGUUUAUUAAUGGUCGUCCUUUUUCAUCCACCUACUUUGAUGUUAGUAGGGUUUUCAUAAACAAUGAUAUCGAUGAAAUUACAAUCUACAAAAACAAAUUGGUCUCUGAAAAUGGACAACAACUGUCAUCAAGUGGAAUUAAAAUGAUUGCAUCAAAACAAGACACAGAACAUGAUGACUUUCUGAAAAAUCAUUUGUUUUCUAACAUUGAAGACUUGUUUGAACCUUUGGAGGAAAAGACAGUCAUUAUUGUUGGUACUGUUAAGGGAAUACGUCAAAAUAUACGUUGGUAUUACCUUGCUUGUAGCAACUGCAAAAAGUCAGCAAAAGAAAAAGAGUCUUCAACUGAUAAGGUUGAUGGUUCUCAUGAAGUGGCCGAAAUCGUUACUUAUGAAUGUGCUAAUCUUAAAUGCAAAAAUAUCAAAAUUUCGGUUAUUCCAAGAUUUAAAAUCCCACUUCGGGUUCAAGACAACACAGGAACAUUGACUUUAACUUUAUUUGACCAAGAAGCAAAGAAGUUGUUCAAAUACACAGCUAAAGAGUUGUAUGAUAAAAACAAGAAGCUUGGCAACAAUUUGGAAUUGUAUCCAAUGGAGUUGAAAGUUGUGUUGGACAGAAAGUUGGCAAUUAAGAUUGAUAUCACACGUUACAAUGUCGAUAAUAAAAGUAAUCUUUAUGGGAUAUCAAGAUUAACCGAGAAUGCAGACAUAAUUGAUGAAUUGGAAAAAAAUAAUCUUACUCCACAGCCUGCUAAUUCUGAUUCAUUCUUGAUUGGUUCUUCAGAUGUUGGUUCUCAUGACACCAAAGUUCUCAAGGAUUCUUUUUCACAGACCGGUGAAAAUUUAACUCCAUGUGCUAGGGACAAGUCAACUGCAACAAGUCCUAUAAAAUUCAUUUCUACACCAAUUGAGUUGAAAAGAAACCUUGCUACAUGCAUAGAUAUUGAUGAAAUGGAGAAUUUGUCUACUUCUAAAUAUCCUAGACUGUCACCACCAGAUGAACAACCAACUCCUCUUUUGGUACCCAAGAAAGAAAAGUAAAUGCAUUUUACUUCGACAAACAAUCUUACUUCGUGUUUAAUUUUGAUUUCGCAUCAUAGACUCCUAAGCCGUUUACGUUUUUAUCUUUCUUGGUUUUGAAUGUUUUUUUUUGGGAUUUCAUGGUUGUCAUUUUUGUUUCUUGAAAGUACAUUCG